UUAAGAACAAGCUGUUGAACUGACCGACACUCAAGAUGGCGACCGAAAAGAGAGAGAAGCUGGAAGCGCAAAUAAAGUCCGUUGAUAUGACCGAGGACAUGCAGCAAGAGGCCGUGGAAGUUGCGAUCGAGGCGAUGGAUAAGUUUCACAUUGAGAAGGAUAUCGCUCAGUACAUCAAGAAAGAGUUUGAUUCGCGAAAGGGCGCAACAUGGCACUGUGUGGUUGGUAGGAACUUCGGUAGCUUUGUCACACACGAGACGAAACACUUCAUUUACUUCUACCUUGGACACUGCGCUAUUCUCCUUUUCAAGACCCAAUGAUUUCCGCCCCCGCCUCUAUUGAUUGCGAAAAAGUUUACACUCCUUUUUCGUGCCAGUGAUCUGUACACGUCAGACAUGGGACCAUGAUCGAGCUUUAUCUUCGUUGAAGGAACCUUGAAAACGGGGAGUUAGCGAUGGUAUUGAGAUAUUCUUUUCGGGACUAUGGAGAAAGGAUGGUGUUGAACUGGGCUCUUGCCCGCAGAUCACACCCAGCCCUUCGAUUCUGC